AUGUCGGACAUCGAUGACGAUGAACCACCUACAGCUACUCUGCAUAUACAACCCAACAGCCACCAUGACAUAGAAGAUGAAGUACAAGAUUGGAAGCUUUUAGGUAAAUUCAAUCACCACAUCACUUCUACGUCAUCGCAAUCUGGCACCACCACAUCAUCAGCAAUUCCUAAACGAGGUGAGAAGGAAUUCGAACCCGAUGGAACAACAGUUCAGGGCCAUUCACUACAAGAAUCACAACAAGCAAUGUUUGAUGCAUUAUCAAAUAUACGAGGUCAUCACAUCAAGCAUAAAUUGGUGGGAGUUUGGGUUGCAUCGAUUAAUCAAUGUGUCAUUUUACAAAUCCGAGGGAACUUUUUCAGAGACAUGGGGACGGCAGCAGGGUCAAUUAUGUAUUUGAACCCAUACGAAAUGGUUUAUUUAGUUGAACGAGGCAGUCUAAUUGCGUAUUUGUCCAACAAUGAAUUUGACUCUUGGUUGGUAAAGAGAGAGCACAACAAGGGAAGUGGUGGGGGUGACUUUGAUAUCGAAUCGAAGCUAUGGGCGUUGGAUUUAGAAUAUCUUUAUUGUUUGGCCAUGAUUGAUAUUCUGCAAUAUCAAGUUUAUUCAUAUUUGAAACGAUUGGGUUAUAUCUUGCAAACACCAGCUGCGACGGCACCUUCUGUGCAAUAUCAUAACGGCAAAGUACACAACCCUACUCUAGAUGUAUCAUUUUGGCUAUUACCUCGACAAUGGGGAAUGCUUGCAUAUCCAACGUUACAUACAAGCCAUUUCAAAACCAAGACCUAUUUCAAUUACACCAACAUCUACAAAGCUAUCACUUUGGACUUGGGCAAAAUUGUUGCUCCACCACCAAAAGACCAACUACAAAUCACGUAUAAUGUAUGGAGACCAACUCCAGCAUUUGCUAAAAAGUCACCACCUCAUCCUGAUUUCCAAUUAGUCGUUGUCGAUUCAUCCAAAUCCACUGCUUAUUUGACCCUACCACAGUUGCAGAAUCUACAACUGCAACUAAAGAUUAAACCAGAGGGUGAGUCGAGUAAGAAGAGUGCCCCAAAGAAACAACCACGCGUUGAGUCAAAGCGACAACUACGAGCCAAGCAGCAAGCGGAACGACAAUCCAAACUAGAUAAAUCGAUUCAAUUACGUAAUGAGUACUGGAAACGACGCGAUUUAGGGUUUAAGCAAGGUGGCAAUAGCAUCAUUGUUGCAAUUGUCAAUCAAGGUGUGAUCAACUUUAUCAAUAUGUCAACUGGUGAUUUCAACUGUGAAUUUAAUAAGAACACAUUGGAUGAGAUAUACCCCGGCAAAGCACAUUCAAUAAUCUACAAUGAGUAA